GAGGUCGGGCCAUGGUGGGACAGAGGUUGGGAAGAUGGCGUGGCGCGGCUGGGCGCAGAGAGGCUGGGGCUGUGGCCGCGCGUGGGCUCCGCCGGCGGGUGCCGACGAGCUCCCUGCGGCGCUGGCCUCGCCGCGGCUGCUCGGACGCAGGUUAAACUUUUUUGUUCAGCAAAAAUGUGGAUUCAGGAAAGCCCCCAGGAAGAUUGAACCUCGCAGAACAGGCUCGGGAACCAUUGGGUCAGCAUACAAGAGAAGUGCUUGGAUUCCUCCUGUCGAAGAAACAGCCUUUUAUCCUUCACCCUAUCCUAUAAGAACUCUCAUAAAACCUUUUUUUUUCACUGUUGGGUUCACAGGCUGUGCCUUUGGAUCAGCAGCUAUUUGGCAAUAUGAGUCACUGAAAUCCAGAGUCCAGAGUUAUUUUGAUGGUAUAAAAGCUGAUUGGCUGGACAGCAUAAGACCGCAAAAGGGAGGAGACUUCAGAAAGGAGAUUAACAAGUGGUGGAAUAACCUAAGUGAUGGCCAGCGGACAGUGACAGGUAUCAUAGCCGCAAACGUCUUUGUGUUCUGUUUAUGGAGAGUGCCUUCCCUCCAGCGAACAAUGAUCAGAUACUUCACUUCCAAUCCAGCUUCAAAGGUCCUUUGUUCUCCAAUGUUGCUGUCCACAUUCAGCCAUUUCUCCUUGUUCCACAUGGCAGCCAACAUGUAUGUUUUGUGGAGCUUCUCCUCCAGCAUCGUGAACAUUCUGGGGCAGGAGCAGUUCAUGGCAGUGUACUUGUCUGCAGGUGUCAUUUCUAAUUUUGUCAGUUAUGUGUGUAAAGUUGUCACAGGAAGAUACGGACCAUCACUUGGUGCAUCGGGUGCAAUCAUGACCGUCCUUGCCGCUGUCUGCACAAAGGUUCCGGACGGGAGGCUCGCCAUCAUCUUCCUGCCCAUGUUCACCUUCACGGCCGGGAAUGCCCUCAAAGCCAUUAUUGCCAUGGACACAGCAGGAGUGAUCCUGGGAUGGAAAUUUUUUGAUCAUGCGGCACAUCUUGGGGGUGCUCUGUUUGGAAUAUGGUACAUUACUUACGGCCAUGAACUCAUUUGGAAGAACAGGGAGCCUCUAGUGAAAAUUUGGCACGAAAUGAGGACUAAUCCCCCCAAAAAGGGAGGUGGCUCUAAGUAACUGGAGGUGGUCACUGCACUGCUGGUAUAUCUGGACCUGCUGCCCGAACGACGCCCCACUGCGCUGCCCCUGUCUGGGAGCUCCCCGCUCCGAGGAAGCCGCCGAGCGUCUCGCUUUCCUAGUAUUAUAAACUGUGUCCCCAGUACGUGUCUUACUAGAAAGCAAAUUAUGACAAAGUUGUGAAAUAAAGGUUUAUAUCUAGUUUGUAAACAGA